AGGUAGGAUCUACGAUAUGCCAGAUAAGGCUCAGCUCAUCGUCGCGUGAAAUCUGCCAUGUAAGCUCUCAUUCAUCAACAGGUAAGAUUUGCCAGAUAAGCUUCCGCUCAUAUCACGUGGUAUUGCUCAACAUCUUUCCUCUCUCUAUGUCUAUGCUUAUUUUGGCUGCCAACGGUAUUGGCAUCAGUGCUUACAUGCAUAGCGGUUUUUGAGUUCCUUCUUUUACCAUUUGGUAUCACUUAGGGGCUGCUUGGUUCCAGGGACUAGACCGUUUUAGUUCGUAGUCCCUCAAGAGAUGACUAAAAAGGACUAAACCAUAUUAAUUUCAUCGGUUGCCCCUUAUUCACUUCCAUCGUAGUGGUAGAAGAAUGGUAAAUGACAUUUUGGUCUUUCUACAAGUCAUUUAAUGAGUUCUGCACACUUUAUCGUCGGAAACAAAUAGUUAAGGACUAAACUUUAGUCAUGAACUAAAAUAACCAAACAGACACAUAGACUAACCAGCAGGACAUAAAGCUUUUCUUUGAAUUAAACAAGAGUUCCUUAUGCGCAGGCACAAUAGAGGACCAGACAGAUAUAAUUGUACUAGUGUUGUAUAGAUAUCCAUGAGCUACCACACGUCGAGAACUCGUGUAGGAGCAUACAAAGAGGAAGGAAGAGGAAAACAAAAGGGUGAGCAUAGCUGUCACCCCAUCCAAACCGUCCCCCUCCAGCGCAAACCCACCUGAUCAUCAGAUUCCUCCUCUCCAACGAUCAUUAAGGCCACCUUGAUCACAGCGUGGUUUUAUAUAGAAGUGGGCUGGCUGGACCGUUUCCAAAACUAAGAGCGAGCGCACGGCACGGCGGCGUGCCGCGGCGCAGGCACAACAGCAGCUCCCUCCGCGCUCCGCCCUCCCUGCUCGCAAGACCAACACCACCAGCAGCAGCAGCAGCACCGCGCCAACGAGGCUUCCCUCCGGUGUGUGUGUGCGCGCGCGCUCGUGAUGGCAGCAGCCCCGGCGGCGUCGUCGUCCACGUCGGGGUCGCCGGCCGCCGGCGGGCCGCGGUCGCGGUUCGGCGACACGACGCUGACGAAGGUGUUCGUGGGCGGGCUGGCGUGGGAGACGCCCUCGGAGGGGCUCCGGCAACACUUCGAGCGGUACGGCGACAUCCUGGAGGCCGUCGUCAUCACGGACCGCCUCACCGGCCGCUCCAAGGGCUACGGAUUCGUGACGUUCCGGGAGCCGGAGGCGGCGCGGCGCGCGGUGCAGGACCCGAACCCGACGAUCGCCGGGCGGCGCGCCAACUGCAACAUUGCGUCGCUGGGGCCGCCGCGCCCCACCCAGCCUGGAGUUGCAGGCAGGGGUGGUCCCUACACCGUGGGACCCCACCACUUGCAGGUCCCGCAGUUCGUUCCCAGGGCGCCGGCCUCUCCUCUCCAGAUGAUGGUGCCCCAGCAGCAGCAGCAGCACGGUGGUGCCCCAGCAGCUGCUAUCUACCCGUCUCCUCAGUUUGGGUACUGCUGGUACCCGCCGGACUUUCAAUACCAACAGGCCCUAGCCAGCCCGCAAGCGCUGCAGAACUACUACGCCCAGCUGUACGGUCUGACGACCUCGCCUUCGGCGGCGGCGGCGCCCUACCACCACCAGUACCUCGGCUACAUGGCGCCGCCGCCUCCAACGCCAAGGAUGAUACUGCCACCACCACCGCCGCUGGCGGCGCAGCAGGUCACCGCCGUGCAACCGUUGGUGCAGCAUCCGCCGCCGCCGGCGCAGCAGGUCACGGUGCAGCCUCUGCUCCAGCAUCCCCCGCCACAGAUUCAUGCCCCUUUCUUCCCGGCUCCCUCGCUCCCGCAGCACAACUUCAGGCUCCAUCCGCCGCCGCAAGCUAUGGCAGUAUUGCCUCCCAACACAACAGGCGGAUCGCUGCCACCUGCUGAUCAGGCCGCUGCCCCUGCAGCUCGCGCGACAAACGCGAGCAGUACUCGGCCGGGUGCGUGAUCCAGAGAGGCUUCAAGGAGAACUCAAGAUAAAAAGCAUCGGAUUCACCAUACCUUGAAAUUAUAACUGACUUUUUUUUUGGGAAAAAGGGGGUGGCGAAGAAAAUGAAGUUUCAGUCGAUCUACUAUGGACGAGGUUGAGGUUUAAGUUACUGAUGAUCUGUAACUGUAACAGUCUCUCAUCAUGUUUUGUCUCCAGAACCAAACAAAAGACAUUUCGUUUUUUUCUUCC